AUGUACAACCGCACUUUCAACUUUCAAUCUCCUCCUCAUCGAAGUCCCAUGUUCAAAACUUUCUCGCCUUCGCCUACUAACAACAAUUCUCCUAAUUGCGGUCAUGGUGAUAAUUCUCGUUCAAUGAUGUUACCACCUCCUAAUCCUAAUCAGGAUCAACGGUCGUCGACGUUUGGUGGGUCUACCAAUUUCUUCCCAAAUUUUAGUCCUAACUACAACGUUUCAGGAUGUUUAAGAAGCCUGUCACCACUGUCCCCAGAUCAGGGAAGCUCUUCAGGCAGAUCUCCAUUCAAUCCAUCUCCACGUUUUGCCAUUCGGUCUCCAUAUUUUUCCACUCCAAUGCCUAUGGGGUCACCAUCUUCUAUUGAUAAUAGGCACCAGUACGGCAACAGCAAGAGAAACCUGAGUUUAAACAGUCCAGACUUUAGCAUUAAAAACAAUAAACAAAAUAAUAAUUAUAAUAAUAAUAAUAGAACAAAUAGCCACAUCGACAAAUACUACCAUCCGUCCAUGCUCCAAGACCCAUGGAAAGAUAUGGCACCUGUAUAUAAGCCUGGAACUAAUCGUUCAUAA